CCGCGGGCUGCCACAGUCCGCUCACCCGGCGCCAGCCAGCCGCUCCGCUCUGCUCGGCCCCCAGCGACGCGCGCCGGCCAUGACGGGCGCACUGUUCAAGGCGAACUUCUGGAGCUCAGACAUCCUCAGCACCACAGGCUACGACUGCAUCAUUCAGCACCUGAACAACGGCCGCAAGAACUGCAAAGAGUUUGAAGACUUUUUGAAAGAGAGGGCAUCAAUUGAAGAGAAAUAUGGCAAAGACCUUCUCAACCUCUCCAGGAAGAAGCCAUGUGGACAGUUGGAGAUCAACACCCUGAAGCGGGCCCUGGAAGUCUUUAAGCAGCAGGUAGACAGUGUGGCCCAAUGUCACAUUCAGCUUGCCCAGACUCUAAGAGAAGAGGCCAGGAAGAUGGAAGAAUUCAGGGAAAAGCAAAAGCUACAACGGAAAAAGACAGAGAUUUUAAUGGAUGCUGCCCAUAAACAAAAGAGCUUACAGUUCAAGAAAACCAUGGAUGCAAAGAAGAUCUAUGAGCAGAAAUGCCGAGACAAAGAUGAAGCAGAGCAGGCUGUCCACCGGAGUGCCAACCUGGUAAACCCAAAGCAACAAGAAAAGCUUUUUGUGAAACUGGCAACUUUGAAGACCGCAGUAGAAGACUCUGACAAGACGUACAUGAUGCACAUCAGCACCCUGGACAAGAUCCGCGAAGACUGGCAGAGUGAGCACAUCAAGGCCUGCGAGAUGUUUGAAGUUCAAGAAUGUGAACGAAUAAACUUUUUUCGGAAUGCACUGUGGUUACACAUGAAUCAGCUGUCACAACAAUGUGUCACAAGCGAUGAUAUGUAUGAAGAAGUCCGUAAGAGCUUGGAAGCAUGCAGCAUUGAGAAGGACAUUGCAUUUUUUGUGAACAACCGAAAAACUGGACAAACCCCACCAGCACCCAUCAUGUAUGAGAAUUUCUACUGCCUCCAGAAGAAUACAGCCUCACAGGGAAAGGCCCCGGGACCUAACGUAGCAAGAUGCUCCUGACUAUUCCUUGGUUGAUGACUACAGUCUGAUCUACCAGUAACAUCAAUGAACACAACUCCCUUCCCGGCUGGUGCUUCGAUGGCAUGGGAGGAAGCACUCAGAGCAGGAGCAUCUCUAGCCAAGCUAUGUCAGUCAUGAAACUUUGAAGUGAGACCUUGCUGUCAUGUUCUGGUAUUUUAUAUUGAUGGUAGACAUUUAGAUCAACUGAGGUUAGGGAAGUUCUGAAAUUUUUAAAAGAAGCUUACACAUUGCCCCAGACUGAAGAAUUACCCUUUUCCUCUCAGUUACCAACAUUGUGAAUGAAUUGUGUUAUCUCCUUGAUUCCGGAAAAUCUCUGGAUUUGGAGCCUUGACUCUUCUUGUGGGGGGAGAGGUGGCUGCAGAGGGGUCCACGCCAUCAGCCUGUAGGCGCGUCUUUGGCUUUGGGGGCAGCGUGGCUGUGGAAUGUUCCACAGCAGGACGCGCCCUCAGUGGUGCAGAAUUAUAAAUCCCCUUCCUUUUUGGCUGGAGGACUGAGAGGGCAUCUGAUCAUACUUUCUUAUAUUUUACAGAUGAGGAAAUGAGGCCCAGAAGUGUGAAAUCCAUUUCCUUACUGAUUAGGGACAGAACCAAAACCAGAGUGUAAGCUCAUCCCACAUCACCAUUCGUCCUAAUCCUUCCUGAGGCUAUGGUGCUCGUGUUGAAAUUUCAGUCACCAAAUGUUUUUGCCAGUGUCCUUUCAGUUGGGAAAAUUACCAGGGUUUAAAUGUCAGAUUUAUUUUUAUAUGACUCACUGUGUGUGCUGAAGUACAGAGCACCAUAUUUAAUUUAGUCUAAGAAGGUGUUUGUAAAGCAUGCCAUUAUUUUAUAUACCACUGAGAAAGUUAGGUGGGGGACUUGACCGUUAACUUGUGACAGUUAAUGGCCAAGUCCAUUUGAAUUUGAUUUGUGAAAGCGUGGGGGAAAAAAAGUACAUCCUAAAAUCCAUGUAACAAGAUAUUUUGACUCCAUUCCUAAAAGAAAUUCUAGAGCUCCAAAGCCAGUCCUCCAUCCUGGGUCUUCUUCACAGAGAAUCUUUCCCUUGCUAGAUUCUGGAAUUUUUAAAAGUGUUAAUCUUACCCUUUCACAGGUAUUUGAGUCUUUCUUUUUCUUACCCACAAACAGUAGGGAGACUACAUCCCUUUUGUUGUAUAAUAUCCACACUCCACAAGAAAACAACACAUUGCAGUUAAUAACAAAUUAAAACUAGCACUGGUACUUAUUUGGUAUGUUGUAAAAGUCUGUUGGCACAAAGAGCACAUAUUUUCUUCUCCUGCCCGUGUAAUAGAUUUCUCAGAACUAUGCAUAAAUUGAUUGAAACAAGAUUAUUUCCCCCCAUUUAAUGUAAGGUGUUACUGAAAGUGGCAGCUUCUUCUCAUGACAGGAAACUUGCAUCAAUUGGAUAUCCUUUUGACAAACUGAAGUUUGCAAAGGGCCAUUGACUUCCCCAGAUUGAGCAGGCUCAGGAAAUUUUCCUUCGAACUCAGAACAUUCUGUUUUUAAGUAUUUUAUUUAUUGUUGGCAAUUCCUCAGGGAUUUCACUUUUCUAUUGGUCAAUGUCAUUGAUGUAAAAGUUUUAUGAAUUGAAAAUAUUUUAAUUUUAUGGCUUUUUCAGUUUGAUAUGAAGUAAAAUAAAGGUUCCUGGUGAUUUGCGA